UUUUUAUGUUAUGGUAUAAGUUUUACUUCUUAUACCAUAAAUAUUGUAUGUCUUGGAAGAAUAGCUUGAAGAGGAGGGGUCUCAAACUGAGAUCAGUGUCGUCUGCUUCUCUCUCACGGGCGGGCUGUCUUGAACUCUGGUUAGGUCUGACUGGAGAGCUUGGCUGCAGAACAGCACUGGAGAUACUCCGUGUGGUGGGUGAACAGGGGGAUAACAGACCAUCUAGUCACUACUCUGUUAAGCCUGUCAACACCUUGCCCGGGUCAGAGAGGAGGCAAGAUCAUGUACUCCCAACUCACAUUCCUCUCCUCUGGUUGUCGGGGGGCUCUCAAAGAUUUCUUCUACUGGCCUAUCCUGGCACAGGGAGGGCCCGACCCCACUCCCUCCCUUUCGAUCGGCGCCUGCCCUGAGCGCUCCAGACACAGAAAUCGAUUGCAGAGCUCAGGCUCGAGACUCUACGAACGCUCUCGCGCAGCUGCCAAUUCUCUGCGCCCCUUUCGGCCCGGACCCCGCUUGGGAGAGAAGGGAGCCACAGGUGGGGACCUUUCUAGGGUCCCUCUCACUUCGUGGGCUGCUAUGGAUUUUCCAGAACACAGCCAGCAGCUACUGCAGAGCCUCCGAGAGCAGCGGGCCCAGGGUUUCCUUUGUGACUGCACUGUGAUGGUGGGUAGCACCCAGUUCUUGGCCCACCGUGCGGUGCUGGCGUCUUGCAGCCCGUUCUUUCAGCUUUUCUACAAGGAGCGGGAAUUAGACAAGAAGGAUCUGGUGUGUAUCCACAAUGAGAUUGUCACAGCCCCAGCUUUUGGGCUGCUCCUGGACUUUAUGUAUGCUGGCCAACUGGUCCUGAGGGGGGAUACCCCUGUGGAGGAUGUGCUGGCAGCUGCCAGCUACUUGCACAUGAAUGACAUUGUCAAGGUGUGUAAACGGCGACUGCAGGCCCGGGCCCUGGCAGAGGCGGAUAGCACUAAGAAGGAGGAGGAGAGCAAUUCACAGGCUCCUAGUUUGGAGUUUUUGUCCAGCACGUCCCGGGGCCCCCAGUCUUCAAUGGCAUCUGCUGAGACAUCAAUCCACUGGGGAAAGGGUGACUGGAAAGGCCCUGCUGCCCCCUCACCUACUGUCUGUCCUCCAGAUGAGCCACCAAUGCCCGGAGGGGCUGACACUACGCAGCCUGGUGUGGAGGUUGACUCAUCGCAUCUGCGGGUACGCGCCCCACCAGUGACUGAUGUCUCUCUUGCCAGCCCCAGUAGCUCCACAGAGACUGUUCCUGCAAACUACUUCCCUUCUGGUCUCCCAACAGUUUCAGUGGAGCCACUGGCUUCCCUCGAUGUGGGUCCUGAGGGUCUGAGGGUAGUGGAACCCAGGGCUCCUGGGGGCCUGUUGCAAGGCUUCUACCCCCCAGCUUUGGCUGCAGCCCCAGUCCUAGCCCCGGUUCUAUCCCAGGCUCCAGCCCCAGCAGAAGCUGAGUUGGUCCAGGUGAAAGUGGAGGCUAUUGUGAUUUCCGAUGAGGAAACUGAGUUGUCAGAGGAACAGCCCCAGGGGCCUGAGGGAUUGUUCCCACCUGGAGCAGCAAUGUAUGUUGAACAGCCAUCCCAGCCAGAGACUUUUGAGGAGCCAAGGGCAGCAGGGCUGGAGGAGGUGGGACCCAGUGACCACUUCCUGCCUCCUGAUCCUCACCUGCCCUACCAUUUGCUACCAGGUCCAGGGUCAUAUCAUCGGGGACUGGUGACCUCACCCCUGCCUGCCCCCCCAGCCCUGCAUGAACCACUUUAUUUGCCUUCUGAGUAUGAAGCAACCCCGGGAAACUUUGGAGUUUUUACCGAGGAUGUUCCCACUUGCAAGACAUGUGGAAAGACCUUCUCAUGCUCUUACACUCUCCGGCGACACGCCACAGUGCACACGCGUGAGCGACCCUACGAGUGCCGCUACUGCCUGCGCAGCUACACGCAGUCAGGGGACCUGUACCGCCACAUCCGCAAGGCCCACAACGAGGACCUGGCCAAACGCAGCAAACCAGAUCCAGAGGCGGGCCCCCUCCCCAGAACACAGCCCCUCCCCGGCUCUCCUGCAGCAGACAAACAGAACAAUGGUGGUGGGGGCCACCCAAAGAUUUUGUACAUGGCCCCAAAAACUGAUAUCCAGGGGAGCAUGAACUGAUGCUAGGCCUGCUCUUGCCCUCAUUAGGAGGCUGCACAGCAGGUCAGAAGCAUCUCAUUUACCCUGCUGGAUGGCAGAAGGAAGCUUCUGCCCAGUCUGAAGGCUCCUGCCCUCUUCUUUGCCCAGCCAGAUAGCUGACCUUCAUGGGGCAAAGCGUCAGGUGCUUUCCAGGGGCACUGGGGAUUUUCCUGCUCUAAUGGUUUCUCACUGCACAUUCUGGACCAUAAACCUAGAGUGAAAGUAUCUCACUGAGCUGGUGUUGGCUAGUUUCUUGCGCAACCCGCAUGCCUCCUGAUUUCUUCAUCCCUCUCCUCCAGAUGGGUUAGGAAUCUAACAUGGGUACCUGGGGUAGGGGUGGUAGUCAGGUCGCUUAUAGGGAAAACAGUGAGGUAGGCAGAAGCAAUACAGACUUCGGAAACUUUCACCAGUUAGGGAAUCUUACACAAUUAUGGUUUAUUGUGGUAGCCAAGCUCCUUUGUACUGGGCUGUAUUAGCAACUUAAUAUAUUCAUUGAAUCCUCAACACCGCUAGGCAGUAUUAGCCCCCCAUCUUCUUUUUUCCCCACAGAGAAGGAAAUCUGAGGCUCAAAAAUCAAAGUUAACUUUUUCAAGCUCACAGCUGAGAUUUAAAGGAUGGUUAGUUGGUGGCUUCAAACGCCAGGCAUGAUGCUGUGCUGAUUUGAUAAUUGAAGAUCAUUAACAGAGAACUGGAAGUUGUUUUUUGUCCUUUGGAGUGUUUGGCUUUGCUCUCUUAUCCCCUUACUUCUAGGACCUUUGUGUUGAUUAUUUCACUGGCAGAUACUUGCAACUUUUGCUUACAAGUCAUAAAUAUGAAUUGAGGUCCAACAAGAGGAGAAACUGAAAGGCAGAAAGCACUUAAGCUCCGUGGCAAUAGAUCUGUUCAGGGAGGUUGAGGGCCUCCAGAACGGAAAUGGGGUGCUUGGGAAAACUAAAGCAACAAACUCCAGAUGAGACAAUCUUACCGUUCAUCUAGUCCAACUCCCUCACUUGAAAAAUGUGUGAACAGCUUAGAAAGCAGAUUCCUCAUCUGAGGUCACAGGAUGGUGUUGACAGAAGAGAAGCAGAGACAUGGGUAUUUGGCAUGUUGAUGUGAGAUGAGGGGAAAAGAGUUUUCAGGAUGUUAGAGAAGGGUCUGGCCCAGCUGGUGGUGGAGAGGGGUGCUGGAGUGGGAGCUGGAAGUCUCCCUACAAAGCCUUCUCUGGCUCAGAAUCUUCCUGGGAGGUGAAAAUCAGUACAUUUUCUGAAUUUCUUCUUUUUGAAUUUGUCUAUCAAAUUCAGCCUGGUGAACGCUUAUUAGCCAGCUCCUGCUUUUGUUAUGGGAAGCAGCUAGAGCUGAACUUCAAAGAUUUGGCCAAAGAAAGCUCCUUACCUGUCUUCCUAGAAUUAAUAUCAGUAGCCUGUAAGAAUCUGUGGCCUUUAAAAGGGUGCAUUUUAAGGUAUGUGAAUUGCAUAUCAAUUUUUAAAAAAGCAGAAAAAGAAAUUGGUUGCUUCAGAAUGUUAAGCAAGGCUUAAUAAAUACUUGUGUAUUUUGCAUAUAUAAUGUGUAUUAUUUCUCCAGACAGUCUGGGGAACAUGGUAACCAUUAGUACAGUCUGGGCCAAGUGCAAUACUUAAAUAAAGAAGGUUUGCUACUUAGUGAAGUUCUCCUUGAAGAGCAGACAUUUGCUUUCAGUUGCCAGCAGGAAGUGUGUUCUUCACUGGAGGUGGCAGUCAGGAGUUUGCAAGGUGUUUAAAGCAGCAACCAGCACAAUAAAGGCCAGAGCCGCCUCACUUAACCUGCUGGAUGCUAAGGAGAGUUUAUGCCAGUCCUAGGAGGUGGGGUAAUAGAGAAUCCCUCUAGUUUCCAUUGCUCCUCAUGGUCCUAUCCAUGGAUUCAGGGGACCACAGUCUACACUGGAUCCCUUUGCCAGUUGCUGUCAAACCUCUGCUUGAAAGGGAACUCACUAUCCCAAAAGAAAAUCUACUCCAGUCUUGCACAGCCCUGUCUAUGCUUCAAACCAAAAUCUGCCCCUUUUAGUGGAGUCAUGGAGCAGACCCCAACCUAUAAAAAUUUCAUAGACUGAGAAUUUGCUUGUAAGCUAUAAUCUUAAAGUUUUCAGAAAACCAUCCUUUUCUUUAAAAAAAAAAAUUAUUUAUUUAUGCAUACAAGAGCUGGGGUACAGGCCAGAGGUACAGAGGGUGAGAGAAUUCACCAGACACCGAGUGGGGAACAGAACAGGCAGAUUGACCGAAGUACACUGCUGAGGGGAGCAGUGGGCAAAUCAGCAGCAGGAGAGUCAGAAAAGGUCUGCUGCGCCAUGUGGAUUGCUCCCUGGCCAGCUGGGGAUCAAACUUGUGCUGCAGUGGCUGCAGACAGUCCCAUAGGUUGUGUCCCAAUCCCUUGCGCCACUAGGGAGGCCCCGAAAACCAUCCUUUGUU